UGCCACUGCCCACUCAGCUGCCCAAAGAAAAAGGAAAAGCACUAAUUCAUUUGUCAUAGAUCACAAUGCAGAACAGUAACCUCAUAUUAUUAUAUUCACAAUACAGGCUUCUAAAUUCAACCAACUUGACAAAUAUAUGAACGCCACACAUAACUCUAUGCAGUCAAUAGGAAAAGCAUCAAUACUCUAAGGUCCAAAAAUUCCACAAACCAAACAGACCACCAUGGAUGAACAACAACCUCUUCCUCCUCAUGUACUCAUCUUCCCCUUACCUUUACAAGGCCCUGUAAACUCCAUGUUCAAACUUGCUCAACUCCUUUGUUUCUCAGGUCUGCACGUCACUCUUCUCCUCACUGAAAACAUCCACAAUCGCCUCGUUCUUCACACGAAUAUAAGUUCAAGAUUUGACCAAUUUCCUGGUUUUCAAAUCAAGACUAUUUCUGAUGGACUUCCAGAAGAUCACCCUCGUGAAAGAAGCAAGUUUUUGGAGCUCUUUGACUCUUUAAAGCUUAAAACAAAGCCUUUGUUUAAAGAUAUGUUGACUUCUGGUUUGUUCUGUUCUGAUGGAAAAAGAAGGCCGGUUAGUUGUAUUAUUGCUGAUGGAGUUUUGGGAUUUACUUGUGAUGUUGCUGAUGAAAUUGGUUUGCCGAUUUUCUGUGUUCGAACUAUUAGUCCGUGUUGUCUUUGGAUCUUCUUUUGCCUUCCUAAGCUCAUUGAAUCUGGAGAAUAUCCGUUCAAAGAUGAUGACUUGGAUGAACCAAUCAAGAGUGUGCCCGGAGCUGAAACAUUUCUCCGGCGACGUGAUCUACCGUCAUAUUGCCGAUCAGGCAAUCUGACAGACUCAAGUAUCCAACUCUACAAAACAGAAGGUCAAGAAAAUUCACGUGCUUAUGGCCUAAUACUCAACACAUUCGAAGAACUAGAUGGACCAAUUCUCAAUCAAAUGCGAACUAUUUGUCCAAAUCUCUACCCCAUUGGACCCCUCCAUGCGAAUCUGAAGAACAAACUAUCUGAACAAAAAACUGCAUUUGGUCAAUCUUCAAACAGUUUAUGGCCAGAAGACAGAAGUUGCAUUAAUUGGCUAAGCAAUCAGCUACCGAAAUCAGUGAUUUACGUGAGCUUUGGGAGUAUCGCAACAAUGACGAAUGAACAAAUGAUGGAGUUUUGGUACGGUUUGGUUAAUAGUGGGCAAAGAUUUUUGUGGGUGAUUCGGCCGGAUUCCGUCGCCGGUGAUGACUGGAAAAACAAGAUCCCGGCGGACUUAGCGGAGGGUACCAAAGAAAGAGGAUAUAUUGUGGGGUGGGCCCCACAAGAGGAAGUAUUGGCCCAUCCUGCUGUGGGCGGGUUCUGGACUCACUGUGGAUGGAAUUCGAUUGUGGAAAGUGUGUAUGAAGGUAAGCCUAUGGUUUGUUGGCCUUAUUUUAUGGACCAACAAGUGAAUAGUAGGUUUGUGGAAGCAGUUUGGCGACUUGGGCUUGAUAUGAAGGAUACAUGUGAUAGGGAAAUUGUAGAGAAAAUGGUGAAGGAUUUGAUGGUAGUGAGAAAAGAUGAGUUCUUGGAAAGAGCAAAUCAUAUGUCUAAAUUAGCUAAGGAUUGCUUGAGGGAAGGUGGAUCAUCUUAUUCUAAUUUUGGACGUCUUGUGAAGGACAUUAAAUCUUUUAAGUGACAAGGUUUAAUCAUCGCUGAGAUGACAGUCCGUCCUUCUUCAAAGAAAUAAAAGUCACACAACCCAUCAUGAUAGAGAUAAAAGUCACACGACUCUUGAAGAUAGAGACUUCAGUUAUUGUUAGCUAGAAUCGCUAGGCGAGCCAAAUUACAAAAGAGGAAACUUAUUCUCUUUUGUUACUGAUCUUCUUCCCUUGAUUGAUAUUUUAGGUCCAAGAGGACUCUUUUAAUCUUGCUUUAAAGGACCGAAUGCUUUUGAAGUUGUGUUUUCUCCACUUAGGAUAUACAUAUAUGCACAUUCGACACAACCAUAGUUUGUGAUCUAGACGAUAUUUUGUUUGUGGUUUGCGUU